CGCCACAUCCUUAAGUAUUUUUUUUAGUUCCAUAUUCAUGUGUUGAAGAUAUGUAGUUGUGUCUAUUUACCAAUAUAAUGUGAAUAGAAAUGCUGGCAUUUGAAAUUAUAUCUGAAUAUAUUAUCCUUACCAAUCCUUAAUAUAAGUAAUUAGUGUGUUGCCAAGUUGUUACCAUAUAACGUUAUCUAAGAGUUUGUCGUAACAACGACACGAGGGUUUGGCUACAAACAUACUACACAUACGAGUAGUUAUGAGGAUGCCUGCCCAAAACAAGAGACGGCCCACUUGAACUCAUUUUCACUCGCACAUGUGUAGUAGUAAAUGUGGGGCUGGGUCUAUGACCUACUUCUGCGCGUCGUUCUUGCUGCUCUUCUCCCGCCAUCCCCUUGAAUCACUCCCCCCGUCUCCGCCCCCUUGCCUCGUUGACUUGAGGAUUCCUAUGGAGUACCUAGCCUGAAUGACAUUGCUUUGCUUUGCUGGUGUUACGAUUACGACUGUUUCAGCCCCCUUAUAGCAUUCAUUCGUGUUCUGCUUCGUUUCUGCUACUCAACCUGUUCACUCACUGUAUUUUACACAUGGAGUCAACAGUAUACAAUACACAAUAGUAUAUACAAUACAGUAUUCUGACAAAUACAUCGUUUUGUUUUACAAAAAUAAAUCGUUUAAUUCAAAUUUGGAUUUAAUAUUGACUACAUCGUUUAAUUAAUUAUUCGUAGGACUUCAAUUCAAUAGUUUUAAUCCGCCGUUAUCCUAAUAAUAUAAGCAUUGCAGUGUCGAUAUCAUUCCCCUAGGAGUCGCAGUCUUGCAUAUAUGCUUAAUACUGGAGUAAACAUUUAUUCUGUAAAUAAUCAGUAUAUAAGAUAUUUUAGAUCUCGAAAAGAUAAUGCAUUGCAAUGAAUGACAAUAAAUGUCAUUCAUUGUAUUAGUCAAAAAAGGACACCAUACUUUAUAAAACAGGUGCAAAACAGAAGCUCGUGGACGUUUUCGGAACGUUGGCGUCACCUAGUGGUCUUCGCUGGACAAGCGAUAGCUUGACUAGCCGUAACAUGUCUUCCGAGAUUAUGUUCAGGCAUGUUUCUGUCUGGCGGUCAGGUGGGAGGGUCCAGGCUAGUGACUCAUAGUUUCUCCUGUUUAAAACUUGAAGUAGACCCGUGUGUAUACUAGUCUCAUGAGUUACUGUACACUUGAGUUUCACUGAGGACGCAUCUAAAAAAUGUGUAAAACCAUGGAAACGCACCCGUCCAUCCUGGGACUGCCCAGGAAGGGCCCCACCCGCCGCAGCCUCUUCGGCCCCGUGGACCGGGAGCAGCUGCGGGCCGACUGCCAGGCGUCCCUCCAGAGGGACCUGGACGAGGCCUCUCGUCGCUGGGGCUAUGACUUUGUCGCCGACCGGCCCCUGGAGCAAGAGCGCUUCCACUGGGAGGCCAUCCCCAGCGCCAAGGUGCCUCUUCCGUACCGGCCGUCUCCGCAGGGCUCAGACCACGAGGAGGAGCGCGGGGUGUCGGGGGUUGCCGCAGGACAGACCGAAGGACAGACGGCACAGCCCGCCCCCGAGGGGCUCAGCGCUGGGACGUCCCACGACAGCAGGGAGUGCGUGGCGGACGAGGAGAGGGUCCCACUCACGGCAGAGUGCUCCGCCGGGAUGGAGAAAACGCCAGAGAAGGACGACGGGGUCAGGCUGAAGAGGAAACAGACCAAUAUCACCGAUUUCUACCAGUCCAAGAAGCGAGUGGUGGGAAAGCCGAGGAAGUCGGGUCAGUAAUCCUGGCUUGGGUUUUCCCGUCGCCAUGCCAGUAUUCCCAGAGAACUCGGAUCCUAUUUUUCUCAGGAACUCCCCCGCUCCCGCGAGAACUCUGAACACUCGUGACUCGUGACGUGAUUUGGGCGCUUAAAAAAGGAAGAGGAAACAGCAUGAGGACAUAAGAAACCUACUCACAAGUGUCAUGUCUUUGGUGACUCAAGGUUCAUACAAUACAAUAUACAGCUUUUUGUUGUUUCCUUCUACUCUGGGGGGGGGGGGGGGGGAUAUUUUUUCAUCUCUGCCACUUGGCCAUCAUCAGACGCAUAGCGCAAAGAGGGAUUCACACAGAUCUACUGUACUGUAUCGUAAACACAAGUAUGUUUUGAUCGUGGCACCGGUUGGUGGAGUGUCAGUGAUGAAUUAUCAUAGUUAUAUGUGUAAAUGUCCUGCUAGGGCACUUAUACACUUUUCUUCACUGGCGGACCAUAGGGUGACAAGACGACUAUCUUGAAUCCAUUCCGAUUGUUUUUACUAGCACUUCCUGUUAAAUCUUCCUAAUGUGUGUCUUUUUCUAUCUUGAUGGUCUUGCUUCCUGUGUCCCGAUGGACGUAAGAGUACCAGACAAGCAUCCAUUUGCUCUGCCUGGGACAUAGAAACGUCAGAAGUGCUGUCGUCACCUAAAUCAGGCCGUGGACAUCUGAAGAGACCACCCUGUCUUUGUCUAUUUUAGUUGUAUAGGUUAGUAUAUAAUUCCCUGUUGAAUCGAUCAUAGCCUUUUUAAGUAGCAAGUAUCAUGUAAUACACAGCAUUGCAUAUAUAUCUGUUUACUCUGGUGUGUGAUGCCGUUCACAUCAGUUCCUUUAUUCAUCAUGACACUAUUUUCUUUCUAGGCUAAAUCAUUUUUUUUGUGGGAACAUAGUGCAUUUAAAGACAUACACAAUGUCUUUAUCUGCCUCGAAACUAAACAGGAUGUUUCUUUUUGAUUUUAAUCUAUAUCCGUUAUCUGGUGGUUUGGGUAAUCUGACUCUGGGGUGGGGGGGCCGGGGGGUAAAUGAUUAUCUUUAAUCUUAAAUUUAAAUUGCUUUUAAACAUUUAAAGCCCCAAAAAUGACAGAAAUCGAAAAAAAUGCCCCCAAACAAACAAAAAUGCACUUCUCUUUGAGGAACCUUGCUACAAGUCCAACACAGUGUUGUAUGUUUAAAGAGAUGAAAAUAUAUAUGUUUAUUUAUUAUAAGAGAUGUCUUGUUAUUCCAUUGUGUGCAUUUCUACGAAAUGUAAAUUAAAGUUUGUUUUCGAUGAUAUCCUUGACUGGUGUGCUCUAAUAUACUUCACUGAAGGAUGCUCUGGUAGAAUGUGUGUGAACAGGUGCU